ACUUCCUGACAGUAGACGCUGCCAGGAAGUCUAGAGAUGUCUCCUCUGGAGGUUUUAAACCAAAAGCUGGAUGGUCAUCUGUUAGAAUGCUUUGAUUAUGCUUUUCCUGCAUGGCAGGAUGGGGUUGGACUGGAUGGUCCUGGGGUGUUUCUUCUAACUUUAUGAUUCUGUGAUGGGUUAGGGACUGGAUUUGUUUUAAAUUCUGACCAAUUCUGAUUUUUAGUCAUCUAGUGUCUCUAUGGGGAGAAAGGUGAGGUAAUAAUAAUAACAAUAAUAAUAAUUCUUAUGCUCCGUCUCCAUCUCUCCGAAGGGACUCGGGGCAGCUUACGUGGGGUGACAGCCCAGGCAAAUACAAUAAGAAACAUAAAAUACAUCAAUUAACAAAAAAUGCGCAUGAAUGAGAAUAAACAUUAACAUAAAGAUAGCAAAAACAUUAGUAAAAAAGCAUAUUAAAAUACGACAGUAAAAUCAUAAAAAUGAACUGGGCAAAAGUGUGCUGAGCGAGUUUUGUAAACAUGAGAUAGUUGGUAAGGUGCGACAAAAUCGUAGAAGAUAUGGAGUGGGGUAAACCCUGUGGUUAUAACAAAAAAUUAACAAAACAAGGUGCAACAAAACAAGGUAUUAAUAAAGUAAAUAAUCAUUGUCAGAAAAUGGAAUUGGUUGAAAAGUGGAACCCAGAUUUCUUACUUGCAGAUGCAAUACUUGUUGGGGCUCAGCAAGAGGCCGGGGAUUUCUCAGAGGAUGAGGGGGGAUGAUGGGUUUACUACUGAGGAGUCUUGUGUGGUCAGGGUGAAUUGUAAGCCUUAGAUCAGAGAGAAGUUCAGGCAGUUAAAGAUGAGACAGAAGGUGUGUUUGGAUUCCAAUGUUUGUUCCUCAACAACAGGGGAAAAGUCAAUUUCUCUUUGGAAUUGGCCUUCAGCUGAUGGGGAGUUUUCUCACAAGAUCAGAUUAGGCCUCUGCAUGGAGGGAGUGAGUGAUAGAUUAAUUACGUGGUCAGAAAGACUCUAUAAGAAAUCCUUGAAAUCCAGGUAUGUGAGGCAUGAUCUCAUGGCUUCUUGGUCGGGCUUGGGCUUAAUUUCAGUGAUGUUUACUUGGUGUCUCUCAGAGCAGACAAUGUUGCCAAAAGGUUCAGGUUCCUGUUUUAGCUCUCAAGUUUGUGAUUCAAGUUUCCUGCGUUUGCCUAUGUUCCUGGAAGAGUUUUACCCUGUGAAAAGUUCCUGCUUUCAUGCUUACAGAUUUAUGCCUGUCUCAAAACGAAUCCUCAAAAAUUGGGUCUAAAAGGACUAAAUGUAGGGUCAAAGUAGGUGUGUUGUAUCUUUAUUAAGAAUAAUAGAAUCUCAGAAUUGGAAGAGUUAAUCACAAGCCAGCUUGAUUGAUUGCCCGCAGGACCAAUAGGUCAGGGCUUCCGUUUGAACUGUCUGACCAGAACUUUCAUCAUGAUCUGAGGAAUGCAGGAGGUGCCUGCUUGUACUGAUAACAACCUUAGCAAGCGGAGAAGAAGCGCCAUGUGUCCAGAGAGUUAUGGCUUUGAGUAAUUGUAUAUAACUUGUAAAUAAAGCAAUUAGACCUGCUGGGAUCAGCAGUAAAACAAUGACUGAGCUGUCGUUUUGUUGGUGCCACUUUUGCUGCUGCAUCAAGUGGUCCUUCGGGUGAGCAGACAGAGAGAACUGACUCAUCAAAACAGUCAGGGUGACGGACGAUUGAUUUAUCCCCCUCACUUCAGCCAUUGACAGUCCAACCAUUGCCAUACAUGACUCCAGCACUCUUGAACGUUCAUCCAACCUCUGUUUAAAGACGUCCAAAGUUCACCAGCCUCUCAAUUUCUCUUGCACUCAAGAAGCUCUUCUUAAUGUUUAGCUGGAAUCUCUUUUCUUGCAAUUUUAAUUAAUUUCUACAUCGUCCAAUGCAAUAUAGGGGUCAACACCUGAUGGACAUUGACCACAAAGAGAUAUUGGAGGACCUAGGGAUUGUUUUAUUCGUAGUGUUUUUAUUUUUACAGGGGUACUAAAGAUAACUUGCCUACAUUUGUUUUGUACCUAGAGAUUUUCUUGAGAUUCUUUUUUCUCAUUGGGACAUCUAAACAAUUCAGUGGAUAUAGAGAUUGGGAAGCAAGGGAGCCAUGAUUCUAACAUGAAACUUUUGAAAUACCCCCAAUACAAAAAUCUACGUGCAAUUGUCUUUCGCUCUUUUUUGUCCACCAACUGCCUUUUUUUAAAAAAAAGCUUCUCCUGGUAGAAUAUAUUUAAAAGCCAUUAUCAGAAAACUGCGGCUCAUUCAGCUAUUGUUAAUUCCUUCUAGCUUAAUGGUGUUGUCACCAUGGAAGUAAUGCUACGUUGGAUACUUGCAUUUUCCAGUCUGAUUUUCUUUUUUACAUUUUCAAGGCUUUCAAGCAUCACGCUUCAUGCCUGGCAUAGCUGUGUUGGCGUAGGAUGUAUCUCCUUUCCUAUUUUUAUGCCUUUGAGUGAUGCAUGCAUUUUUGCAGAGAUCUGCAUAUUCACGCAUAUAAUGUAUGUAUGUAACUCUGUAUAGAUAUAUUAUAUUUCAUUGAUAUCCAGAGCAGGUUUUAAUAUUAUGAUUGCAGUUUAGACUGCAUUCCUAUAGACGCCUAACUAGGGGUACGUCUCAUUGAAGUCAACACUGUUUUGUCUACAAUCCUGUACACACUUAUUUUAGACUAAGGCCCAUUGAACACAAUGUGGUUGAGUUCCAGGUGUAUAAUAAGGGCUUAUAAUAAUGUAGGAUUUUCCAGAAGUCCUAAACUCUUAUGGCCCAUACAGGUUCAGCACCUUGGAGAGUUCUUUUAAAGUUAACAACCAAGAGUGGAUUUAUUGCCCCGCCGGCUGGCACUUCUUUGGAACAGUUGUGGCUGUUGCUAGGUGAAGUGGCCCUUUGUUGUCACCGGACUGGCUGUUAUGGAAUUCCUGGUUGCUGUAAAUGAAUAGGCACCUCAUUAAACACAAAGCUGCCCUAAUAUUUCCUCUACCUGUAGGGGUUAAUCUACAUACAUAUAUACAAAUCAAAAUAUGCAUGUCUGUUUGUACCACAAAGGCUGUUGCUAGGUGAAGUGGCCUUCUGUGAUGUCACCAGACUGGCUGUUGCUAGGUAAAGUUACUCUGAUGUUACUGGACUGGCUGUUGCUAGAUGAAGUGGCCCUCUGUGACGACACUGGACUGGCUGUUGCUAGGUAAAGUGGACCUAUGUGAUGACACCGGACUGGCUGUUGCUAGGUGAAGUGACCCUGUGUGAUGACACUGAACUGGCUGUUGCUAGUUGAAGUGGCCCUCUGUGAUAUCACCGGACCGGCUAUUGCUAGUUAUAGUGGACCUAUGUGAUGACACCGGACUAGCUGUUGCUAGGUGAAGUGACCCUAUGUGAUGACACUGGACUGGCUGUUGCUAGGUGAAGUGACCCUAUGGCUGUUGCUAGGUAAAGUGACCCUCUGUGAUGACACCAGACUGGCUGUUGCUAGGUAAAGUAAACCUAUGUGAUGAUACCGGACUGGCUGUUGCUAGUUAUAGUGGACCUAUGUGAUGACACUGGACUGGCUUUUGCUAGGUGAAGUGACCCUGUGUGACAACACUGGACUGGCUGUUGCUAGGUUAAGUGACCCUCUGUGAUGACACCAGACUGGCUGUUGCUAGGUAAAGUAAACCUAUGUGAUGAUACUGGACUGGCUGUUGCUAGGUGAAGUGGCCCUUUGCGAUGACACUGGAUUGUCUAUUGCUAGGUGACACUCUGUGAUCUCACCAGGCUGGUUGUUGCUAGGUGAAGUGGCCCUUUGUGAUGACACUGGAUUGGCUGUUGCUAGGUGAAGUGGCCCUUUGAGAUGUCACUAGGCAAGAAAGGUAAUGUGUAUAUGAGGGGAAGGAAGGAAGGAAAAAAAGAAAGAAAGCAAAUAAAGGAAGGGAGUGGGGAAGAAAGAAAAAGGAGGGAAGGAAGAAAGAGAAAGGAAAGGGGAAAGACAUGAGAGGAGGGAAGAAAGAAAGAAAGAAAGAAAGAAAGAAAGAAAGAAAGAAAGAAAGAAAGAAAGAAAGAAAGAAGGCAGGCAGGCAGGCAGGCAGGCAGGCAGGCAGGCAGGCAAGCAAGCAAGCAAGCAAGCAAGCAAGCAAGCAAGCAAGCAAGCAAGCAAGCAAGAAAGAAAGAAAGAAAGAAAGAAAGAAGGGAAGGAGGGAAGGAAGGAAGGAAGGAAGGAAGGAAGGAAGGAAGGAAGGAAGGAAGGAAGGAAGGAAGGAAGGAAGGAAGGAAGGAGGGAAGGAAGGAAGGAAGGAAGGCAGGAAGGCAGGAAGGAAGGCAGGAAGGAAGGCAGGAAGGAAAGCAAAGAGGCAGCUGCUGCUUGGGCACCUGGGCAACGGUGACUAUAUAUGCGCCACUAUAGUAUACAAGUGACAACACUGCAGAUGAAUAACGGUUUGUUAACAAUCAUUUGGUCACCGCAGUGUCAAACCAUAUUUUGUUAUACGAAGAACAUAAUGUGCAAGGGAGUGUUGUGGGUCCUUCUCCUGGGAGAAGAGGCUGGUGUGAUAUUUACCUUGGGUCUGCGGAACGUACACUUCUUCUUGAACAAAGGCACACCUGCUAUAGGGAAGUCACCCCAUUUUUUAUUUUCUGCUCUUUCCCUCUACAGUUGAGUCCCACAGAGCAAAUUGCUGACAGCUCCUGAAUGAAUCAGGCAAAACAUCCCUCCCGUCAACGGCACAAAUAGCAAUCAAGUCUUGGAAAAAAAACAUGUGCGGAGCUGUUGAUGAGUAGCACAUGGCUUUGGAGAGGAGGAGGAGGAGGAGGAGCAGGAGGGCGGAGGGCGCUGUACAGCCAGAUCCCGAAGGACUUCAUGCUUAUAAGGCGAGAGAGAUGCUGAGCCAGAACCGGGCUCCACCGAUGUGGCCAAACCAGGCAGAACCGGCAGCCGAUUGACCGGCGGUGCCAGCCUUUGCUUCUUGGAACGGCACGGAUCUGCUCAUCCCGACAAAGAGCAAGACAGGAUUUAAAAUGCCAGCUAAGGGCAAAUACUUCUUCAACGAUAGCGAAGGCUGCAAGCUGACCGACCCUUUGUACGAGAAGUACCGCUACUCGAGUCAGCAGCACCCUCUCCUAGUCUUCCUGCUCUUCAUCGCCAUUGCCUACUGCAUGACCCUCCUCGUUGUAGUCCUCAGCUACAAUGAGCCUCGCGAUCACCUUGCAUUUGUCAUAACAGUGAGCGUUGCUCUCAUGAUCUUUAUCAUCAUGUAUGUGCUGGUUUACAUCGAAUACUUCUUUUGGUGCCAACUGGAGCUCUUUGCUAUUGUGAUUUGGAUCUGCUUGCUGGCCAUUGGAUAUGUGUCUAUUUUUGACAAGAGACAAACGACUCAACUUUCGGCAUGGGAACAGGUGCCAUUUUUUCUGUUCAUAAUCUUCACCGCUUACACCAUGUUACCUUUUGGAAUGAGAGAUGCUAUAAUUGUCAGCACUAUCACGGCAUUGUCCCAUAUUAUAGUCCUGAGCAUCACUUUAGUGGAACGCAACAAGCAAAGUCAGGUGACCCUUAUUUGUCAGGUGCUGGCCAAUGUUUUCAUUUUCCUGUGCGGUAGCUUGAUGGGUGCAUUUCAUAAGCAUCAGAUGCAGGAUGCUUCGUGGGAUUUGUACCGAUAUACUUUGAAAUGCAUCCAAGUCCAAAUGAAGCUGAAGAUUGAAAAGAGGCAACAAGAAAGCUUGCUUCUGUCCAUUCUGCCAGCUCAUAUUUCCAUGGGAAUGAAGUUAGCCAUCAUCGAACGGCUAAAAGAAACCAAUGACAGGAAGAAGCAUGACAACAAUUUCCAUAGCCUUUAUGUCAAAAGGCACCAGAACGUCAGCAUCCUGUAUGCGGACAUUGUGGGAUUCACACGACUGGCCAGCGACUGCUCUCCCAAAGAGCUGGUGGUCAUGUUGAAUGAACUUUUUGGCAAAUUUGAUCAAAUUGCAAAGGAAAAUGAAUGCAUGCGGAUCAAAAUUUUGGGAGACUGUUAUUAUUGCGUUUCGGGCUUACCUGUGUCCUUGCCAGUGCAUGCCAAGAACUGCGUGAAAAUGGGCCUGGACAUGUGUGAAGCUAUCAAACAAGUGAGGGAAGCCACAGGUGUCGAUAUCAACAUGCGAGUGGGCAUUCAUUCUGGGAAUGUGCUCUGCGGUGUGAUAGGGCUUCGGAAAUGGCAGUACGACGUCUGGUCCCAUGAUGUCUCCUUAGCCAACCGCAUGGAAUCCGCGGGUGUUCCCGGCCGUGUACACAUCACCGAAGCCACGCUCAAUCACCUGGGCAAAGCCUACGAGGUGGAAGAAGGCAACGGACCCGUCCGAGACCCGUAUCUGGCAGCUAUGGAUAUCAAAACGUACUUGGUGGUCGAUCCAAGGUCCAAGCAGCGUGUCUCCAAUAACCACGUCGCCCACAGCCGGGUGCAGGAUGGCUUGAAGAUGCGGGCGUCUGUCCGGAUGUCGAGGUAUUUGGAGUCGUGGGGGGCAGCCCGGCCUUUUGCUCACCUGAACCACAGAGAGAGCGUGAGCAGCGAGACCUCGGCACCAAAGAGGCGGAGGAAGGAGAUCGCUCUGCAGCUGGCAAGUCGUCAAAGAGCCUCCGAGAGUCUGGAUGGAUCUAGGCAAGAACGUGUAUGUCCUCCUUCCAUUGUAAACUAUAAGAAUACCUCUCAGAAAGGAAGAAUGGAAGAAGACAUUCAGGAGAAAAUGUUGUCAACCAUCGAGGGACUCAGCUCAGCCAAACCGUGGUGCAGCGACAAAGAUGACUUCCAUGGACUCUGCGGGUUUUUUGUCGACAUGGGACUUGAGAAAGAGUACCGCACAAUUCCUAUCCCAAAACUAAAGGGUUACUUUGCCUGCGCUGGCAUCGUAUUGCUGUGUAUGUUCCUGGUUCAAAUAAGCAUCACGACAAAAACAUCCAGUAGUUUAGGGAUUUCAUUUGGAGUUGUUGCCAUCAUAAUGGGACUCAUUUUGAGUGUGUGUUUUGCUGACGACUGUUGGAGAUGCUGUUCCAAACAAUGGCCUCCAGCGCGCUACCUUAGAACAUUAUCCCAGAAGGUUGAGACGAUGCCAUCCGUCAGGCUUCCACUGGCCAUCAUUGCAAUAGGCUCUCUGUUGAUCAUCGCUGUGUUUAAUUUGCCUGCACACCAGCCCAAUGACAACUGUACUACACCACUUACUACCGCAAUGGAAACAAAUGUCUCUUCUGGAAACAAUACGGUAUGCAGCAAAGAAGCCAUGACCUAUUCGUAUUAUACCUACUGCUGCCUCCUGGGUUUUAUUGCAUGCUCCGUCUUCCUCCGCAUGAGUUUUGAACUCAAGCUUAUGCUUUUGUCAGGAGCGGUUAUUGGCUAUUUCAUUGUAUUUAAUACCAGGCACACAUGGAACACCAACCACAGCAAUUCCACCACAAGGUUUUUCAUGAAAGAUCCCACAAUAAUGACAAAUUUAUACCUGGCCUUGUUUUAUAUAACUUUGGUUCUGCUCUCAAAACAGAUAGACUAUUACUGUCGGCUGGACUGCCUCCAGAAGAAUAAAUUUAAAAAAGAGCACGAGUCUUUUGAAACCAUGGAGAACGUCAACAGGCUGCUGCUGGAAAAUGUCCUUCCGGCCCAUGUCGCUGCCCACUUUAUUGGGGACAACAAGUUAAACGAGGAUUGGUACCAUCAGUCCUACGACUGUGUGUGUGUGAUGUUUGCAUCAGUCCCCGACUUCAAGGUGUUCUACACCGAAUGUGACGUCAACAAAGAAGGCCUGGAGUGCCUUCGGCUUCUCAACGAAAUCAUCGCUGACUUUGAUGAGCUCCUCCUGAAACCUAAAUUCAGUGGCGUUGAAAAAAUUAAAACAAUUGGGAGUACAUACAUGGCCGCCUCCGGGCUCUGCGUUUCACCAGGACAAGAGAAUAAUUUGGACCAAGAAAGGCAACACGCUCAAAUCGGCAUCAUGGUGGAAUUUGCCAUGGCUCUGAUGACAAAAUUGGAUGGCAUCAACAGGCAUUCGUUCAACAAUUUCCGGCUCCGAGUUGGUAUAAACCACGGUCCUGUGGUUGCUGGUGUCAUUGGUGCUCGCAAACCCCAGUAUGAUAUCUGGGGAAACACUGUCAAUGUUGCCAGCAGAAUGGAGAGUACUGGAGAACUGGGGAAAAUCCAGGUUACAGAAGAGACCUGCAAAAUCCUAGAGAGCUUGGGCUAUGCCUGCGAAUGCCGAGGACUCAUUAACGUCAAGGGAAAGGGAGAGCUGUUGACCUACUUCGUGUGCACUGAUACAGCCAAAUCCCAGGCAGUUUGAUCUGAACAAACAGCUUUCUGAGAAGUCUUGCUGGGUUUGUUGUCCUUGUUGUUUUAAGAAAACAACAGCUCCCCUCCUGUGAAGCCUGAAGAUCUUGCCUCCAUAUGUAAAGGAAGGAGCUUAUUCCAAAUGUUUGUGAAUUACCUGAUGGAGGCACUGCUUUGCAGUGAGAAGGAGAGGCACAGGAGGCUGUUUCGAAGCAUUUGAAAACAAUCCCAUCCAAAGGAAUGUGAGACUCGAGGGGCGCCUUUUUGUGUUUUUCCUUCAUGGAUUCCCAUUUGAACAGAUUGCCUUGUUAACGUGUUCUACUGCCUCAUCCGUUGUCAGAUCUAGUCACAGUAUUGCACUUAUCAGAGAGAUUUGACUAUAUACUGAACUGCACUGCCUUAAGUGUCAAACAGGACUGGAAAUGCUGCAAGGAGAAAUAUAUUUUUCUAAUAUUAACUGGAGAUGGAAUUUGGGACAUUCUGCGCAUUAGAUAUUGGUAUGUUCUUGGGCAUCUCUGAACUUUGUCCUGGAGCUCUGCCUAGAACCCACUUUGAAUACCGGAAGCGUUGCACUGCCAGUAUUUCCUACAGCCCAGGAUUUUAAUUCACAAAAAAUCCUCUCCUUCUGUGUCUUCAAUCUUUAUUUUUACUGCUUCUUCAAGAAAUGGUGCAAGGAUGGAUCUUCACCAAUUGGAUGCCUGUUUUAAUUUGGGGAAUUUUGUUCCCUGGGCUUCGGAGCAUUUGCGAUUUUGGGUUGUUGUGUGUUUUCUAGGCUGUAUGGCCAUGUUCCGGAAGUAUUCUCUCCUGACGUUUUGCCUGCAUCUGUGGCAGGCAUCCUCAGAAGUUGUGAGGUAUCUUGGAAAAAUUAAGCAAGGAAGGUUUGUAUAUCUGUGGAAGGUCCAGGGUGGGAGAAAAAAUUUGUCAGUGUGAAUGUUGUAAUUAAUCACCCUGAUUAGCAUUGAUGGCCUUGCCAGCUUCAUUCCUGCCUGGGGAAUCCUUCGUUCAGAAGCGUUAGCUGCCCCUGAUUGAUUCAUGUCUGGAAAUCCUCCGUUUUCAGAGUGUUGUUCCUUAUUUUGUGAUUUUGGCUUUUGAAUGUGCUUCUAAUUUAGAUAGUCUCUUCUCAUUUCCCUUCUUUUUGUACUGUCAUGUUAUUUGCUCUUCUCAAAGUGCCCUUUUACCAUGCCACAGCAGUGUGUGAAAUAUCAGCAUUGUGUGAGCAUCUGCUCAUUUAAAUUCAGAUUCUUUCCCUGGGCAACUAUGUUUGAAGAACAUCUUAUAUAAAUUGCAGGCAGCUAUAGCUACGUUAAAGGAAUAGAAGGUGGCUUUCCAUACCAGCUUGGAGCAUUGGGAGACAUACGAUCUGAGUGUUGUUCUUUAUUUACUGCCCUGAUUUUGUAUUCUUCAUAUUUCAGAGCAGACACACUUUCCUGCUCCAUUCCAGUAAGACUUUUGAAACUUUUGAAACUGGUUUUAAACUUUGAUGAGCGGGUGUCUUGGAGGCUCUCAUUCAAUUAAACAAAUGCAGAAGGCAUUUGUUUCACAUUUCUCUAAUGUUUGGGCAAAGAAGAGUGAAAAUGCAAGAAUGUGUUCUAUUUGUGCAUCCUUUUGUAUAUGCCGAAGCAAUGGCUUUUUGGGUCUCCUUAACCAGCACUAAAUGAACUUCUGUGGUUUUAUAGAAUAGUAUUAAGCAGCUGUUUUUGUUUUGUACGUUGUUUUGGGAUCCAACCCAUUGAGCGAUUCUUGAAGACCGAAGCACAAGCGACUUCAGUUUUAACAAAAGGGAAGCAGAAACAAACUUGUGUGUUACAGGUAAGAAAAAGGCCUAAAUAAAUUGCAACAGAGUAAAGGUAGAGGUUUUUUCCUGACAUUAAGUCUAGUCGUGUCUGACUCUGGGGGUUGGUGCUCAUCUCAGUUUCUAAGCUGAAGAGCCGGCGUUGUCUAUAGACACCUCCAAGGUCAUGUGGCCGGCAUGACUGCAUGGAGCGCCGUUACCUUCCCGCCGGAGCAGUACCUAUUGAUCUACUCACAUUUGCAUGUUUUCGAACUGCUAGGUUGGCAGAAGCUGGGGCUAACAGCGGGAGCUCACCCUGCUCCUCAGAUUUGAACUGCCAACCUUUUGGUCAGCAAGUUCAGCAGCUCAGCAGUUUAAUCUGCUGCACCACCAUGGGCUCUGGUUUGCAAUAAAUUCUGUGCAAAUGCUACUUUUUGAAAGACCCACCAGUUGAACUGUAAGGAAGUUUAUCUCAAACACAGGUCUCACCGGAGUAACUCUGCAUAGGAUUACAACUGAAACCUUUUAACUUCACCAUUGGGGACCCACACUGAUGAAGAGGAUUCAUUUUUAUUGGGAGACAGAAACAAUUUGCCUUGCAACAAAGUACCCUGUAUCAUGAAGCCUAAAUCCAAACGUAACAAACAGUGCUAACAUUUACAAACUUUUGCUCUGAAAUCCAGCUGGAGUUAAUGGCACCACUUCCAAGACCUUUUCCACAUUCGAGGGCUGUGAUUUGUAGCUUUUAAAAAGUUCUUUAGAGUACGUGCAAAGUUUGUUCUCAAUAUGCUUUGCCCCGGAUGCAUUCCUGUUGUGUUUGUUAUAAUUACUAUGUAAUUAACAUAUACCCGGAGGCAUAAAUGCCUUGUGUUUCAUGACAGGAACAAAUAUUUUCUAGGGCGGUCUCACUGUCAGAUUUUAGGAAAGUCUUGACACAACGGAAAGCAGCAAGAGAGACUAGUCCUGGAUAGUAUUACAAUAAAAUGUAUGUUUUUGUCCUGUUGUUUCUAUCUGCAAAGUUGAUGUGAAUUAUAAUAUAUAUUGCUCUUGUUUCUUA